UUUUCUUCUUAGAUUAGCUACCUAUUUAUUUAGCUUUUACUCAUAAACCACAUCUGUCCAAAAGUUUAUAUCUAAAGCCCUAUGAAAAGCUAGAGCAUUUGAUGCUUCUUCCUUUUCUUUUCUUUUUUAAAAAAUAAAUUAAUUUUGUGGGCUUGUUGAUUUUUUGUGGCUAUGGUUUUGACUGUUUUCCUACAGUGUAACAGGGCUGUGAUGCUGAGAUGACACAGGCCUUUGUUUUUGAAAGCACUGCAAAAAGAAGCCUUCUUUUCUCUCUACUUCUGACAUUUAAACAAGCCCUAUCUGUAGUUGAAUGUGAUAUAUCAGACCUCAAAAAACACUUUUUUUUUGACUACUCUUUACAUGUGUGUACUCAUAUGGAUUUAUCAUUAUAAAAGUCUUUUAAGUAGUGUGUAAUCAUGAUUAAUGCAAAGGACAUCUACAGUCCUCCAAGCCCAAGAAGGUAUGAAAGUUGUAGUAUGGAGAUGGAGGAGAUUCAAACUGAUGAGUGCAAGUUUCCAAGAAUGAGCAACAAGGAGGAUGAGCAGUACCAAAAAUAUGAUGUAGAUGAUGUAGGAGAAGUCAAAAGGAGUAGUGGACUUGGUGGGAUUGUAAAAUUUUAUGGUCGGCCUUCAUCAAGAAUUGUUAGAGUUUCUCGUGCAUCUGGAGGGAAAGAUAGGCAUAGCAAAGUAUUGACUUCAAAGGGGUUAAGAGAUAGACGUGUUCGUCUUUCUGUCAAUACUGCUAUACAGUUCUAUGAUUUGCAAGACCGUCUAGGCUGUGAUCAGCCCAGCAAGGCUGUCGAAUGGCUGCUAAAAGCGGCCGCUCCUUCUAUUGCUGAGCUUCCACCUCUUGAGGCAUUUCCAGAUACACUGCAGCUCAGUGAUGAGAAAAGGUCAAGUGAGCCGGGUUUUGAUUCAGCUGAUGUGGAAAUGGAUGAUGAUCUUAAUUACAAUCAGCAGCAACAACCUUGUUGUAGCAAUUCUGAGACAAGUAAAGGUUCGGGCUUGUCACUUUCCAGAUCUGAUAGUCGGCUCAAGGCACGGGAGCGAGCAAAGGAAAGGGCCACAGAGAAAGAAAAGGAAAAAGAAAACAAGUCUUGUAUUGUUGCUCAACACCACCAAAACAUGCACCCUAGCUCGUCUUUCACUGAGCUAUUGACCGGUGGUAUGAGCGAUAACAACAACAGCAACACAAGUCCUAAUGGCAACAUUCACCAAAAUACACCAAGGCAAUGGUCUACAAAUCCGUUGGAGUAUUUUACCUCAGGAUUAUUAGGCCCAUCAGCUACUCGUGGAAUAGACAACUCUAGUGGCCAAAUUUACUUGGGAAAUCCUCUACAGCCAUUAAGACCAGUGUCUUCACCAAUGUUUAGUAUUACGGGUGAGCAUCGACCGGAGCUGCAGCAUUUCCCAUUUGGCGGUGACAACCUAGUCCCGGGCGUUACCUCCAGUAAUACUAAUACUAAUAACGAGUACAAUUUGAACUUCAGCAUUUCUUCAACAUCUGGUUUCAAUAGGGGGACCCUUCAGUCCAAUUCUUCCUCUACUUUGCCUCAUUACCAGAGGUUUUCUCCCACAGACGGAUCAUAUCUUGGUCCCACAACUGAAUAUGAUGCUCGUUUACAUCUCUUCUAUGGAAAUGGGUAUGACCACGGCCACGGACAUUCAGAUCAGAAAGGAAAAGGAAAGAACUAAACUAACAUCAACUUCCAUGGCAAUUGAAGAUGGAAGCACCCUCUGGAGUCCCAAAAGGAAGCUAAUGAUUUCCUCUGCAACAAGCUUAUAUAUUAUAUGCUUCUUAAUUCCUCAUUCUGCGUUAUUCAUUUUGAGUACUAUCUUAUUUCUAUGGGAGAAAUCCCUUUGUUUGCUUCUUCUGGCCCGACUUCAGUUGGCGCACAGGUUCGAAACUCAGCAAGUUUGAGUGUGUUUUUGUGACAUCUCAUUUGUAUUGAAGAAUUUGCCCUCAUUUGAAUUUUAUGAUUCUGCACUAACCAUUGCUUGAGGAGGACAUCAUGUUAGAUGGAUUUUACCAAACUUGAAAUGCCCCCGCAUUUAGUUGUGGCAUAUUCAGAAUUUGAAGUUUAUGAGUUUCUAUAUCGAGUUUGAGUUAACAUCCAAUAACAGUUGUAAUUAUAGUCAAACACUUGCUGAUGUAGUUAAUUUUUAGCACAUAUGUAGAGUCUAGAUAAAAGUUAAUUGAUGA